AUGCCGCAGCCGAUUUGGCUCAUGAUGGGGACCGCCUUUCUGCUGAAGACGGCACACGGCGCCGCUGCCUCUGGAAAACAGUUUUUUCUCUCCACGCAGCAUACCAUUGCACUAUGGCAAUUCAUCGCGGACCCGACUCGACUGACGAUACCAGAGGUGUACCGCAAGACGAGGUUUGUAGUCGUGCGUCUGUAUUUGCCGGAUAGUGAUGGACGGGCAAUCACCGGCAGCAAGGUAGACCUGCAUCUAGUGUCCCUCUACCCCUCACUGGAUGUUGCGCUACUGGUCCUAAAGUCACCCGCUGCCUCUUUCUAG